GUUCAAAUCUGUCCAGGCCAUUGAAUUUAAUCAACGUGGAGAUGGUGGUGGGUCGCGAAUCGGAGUAGAAUUCAUUAUUUUUUUUAAUACUUCCUUGGAGUAAAAUCGCAAGAAAUCUCUUAUUUGUAGCAGGAAGACGACCGUCAGAGAGUGGUCAAGAUGUGUGGGGGGUUUGCGUGCAGCAGAAAUGCGCUAAUUGCGCUCAACAGUCUUUAUAUCAUUGUCGCUCUGAUUCUCAUCAUCGUGCCGCCGGUCGCUAAGAGCGCUGCCUAUGUCUCCAGCAUGUACAUCGUGGGCGGCAUCAUCGCCUGUGGGAUUUUCCUCUUUGCUGUGGCCAUCAUUGGGCUGGUCGGUGCCCUCAAGCAUCACCAAGUCUGCCUCUUCUUUUACAUGGUGAUCCUGUUCCUGGUGUUCCUGAUUCAGAUCUCCGUAUCCAUCGCUUGCCUGGCGCUGGGAAAGGACCAACGGAAUAAGCUAGUCAAGGCUAGCUGGGACAACUCCGGCCCGGAAACCAAGGCCGACAUCCAGAAGGGAUUGGACUGCUGUGGGUUCAACGGAAACGACACCACCCACCCAGACUGCGCCAAGCUAACAUGCUGUAAAGGAAAAGAACAGAUGAAUUGCUCCUCUUGCGAGCCGUGCGACACAAAGCUGGACGCAGUGUUUUACCAGGGACUUCACUACUCGGGCGGAGUCGGGCUCUUCUUUAGUUUUACAGAGCUGAUCGGGGUGUGGUUAGCUGUUCGAUAUCGGAACCAGAAAGACCCGAGAGCUAACCCUAGUGCUUUCUUGUAGCCCCGUCACGCCGUAUUAGAUUGUUGGUAUUUUCAUUACAUUCCGUUACCGAAACCAGAAGGACCCGCGAGGCAAACCCGACGCCUUCCUGUAGUUAUGACGACCCAUGGGGCAGCGACAUCACGUCACGAAGCUCGUCGACAAGUCUCGCGGGAUGGCGUCUAGAAAAUUAUCAUCACCUUCAACUGGUAUGAAUCCUAGUUUGUUACAUGAUGCAGCCCACAAAGUGGUAUUUUGUUUUGUUUUUCUCCUCAAUAUUUGACAAAGCAACACAAGCCCAUAGGAAACAAAAACCAAUUUUUAGAUAUAAACUUACAUGUUUGUCCAGCCUUCAAGAAAGAAUACACGUGUACAGAAGAAUCCAAUGUUAAAUUUGAUUAAUUUUCGAUAAUACUACCCUGUUGAAGGUGUAUUGCCAUUAUCUGAAAAAAAAAAUCAUAAUUGAAAAAAAAAUCCUGGAAAAUUACAUGUUCGGUACUAAAUGCAGCUUAAAAUUAAAACUAAUUAUCGAGUCUCAGUGAGUGGUAUCAAUGGGUAAUACGAUGCAGUGUUAACGAAGUAAAGACAAAGUUAUGAUCCGUUCAUAGGACAGGGUACAAUUGUAGUCGGUAGGUUUAUCCCUGAGAUUGGAACAUUUAUAAAGGCUGUUGACAACCCGACUUGUAUUGUUCAAGAUUUAAAAGAAAAAAAUUCAUAAAUAUGUUUGAUGGCCCCUUUUUAAAAUAAUCUUUGAAAUAACUUGAUAUAAACAUCAAUUUGAUACCAGGAAUGUUUUACACAGUACACACUUUGACAACUAAAUAUGUUUUCAUGUCAGUAAUUCAUUAAAUGUGUACAGACUUUAAGUUUUCUUUCCUUUUUGGGGAAAGUCGUUUUGAAUGAUGUUACCUAAAGCAGUGAUUUGUGACAGUAGCUGGGUAGAUAUGGGAUUAAUUAUUUGGUAUUUAUUUUAUAUCUUGAUGUAGGGCAAUUAAAGUAUAGUUUGCACGUCAUGAGUUUUAUAGCGAAUUUAAUUCUGGUGAUAGGGUGUUUUCUUGAAGACACAGUUUUGUGUUUUUUUGUCACAGAUUUUGAGGAUUAGAAAAAUGUUCACGAGGCGUCAUGGAUUAUAGAGGGCACUCUAAUGGUUUUGAAGCAGUCCAUAUUAGUUUAACAAAUGUGAUACUCAGAUGCUAAAACUAAUUAUUUUGGAGUAUUUUGUCUUUAGUGAAAAAUCUACGCUGUACGUUUUCUCUCCUGUUUGAAAGCAGGCAUGGCCUUUGACAGAAAAAAAAACACACAAAAAAGAAGACAUUGUAAAAGUGUUUCUCCAAAAAAAAAAGGACAACAGGAAAAGAAAUCAUCCCUGAAUAAAAAUAUUUGACAUGGAAAUUUUGUUCUCCGAAUUCUCAUGAUCCAAGCACGCUUAUCACGAACUCAAUGUUUGUAAACUUUUCACAAAUUUAAACUCCUAAUCUUCAGUGUCGUCUUGGCCGCUGUAUGUAAUGUAAUUCUCAUGAGGCUUCUACAAUGAAAACGCCCACACAAUUCAUUGAAAGUGUUCAGUUCCGCGUUUGAUCAAACGACACCAAAAGUACUCUUUUAAGUUUAGGGAACGACUAAGUUUCCUGCUGUACAUGUUCUUAACUUGCGGUAAUUUCAUGUUUGAAACAAGAAUAUUAGCCAAACGGACGUUGUAAAAUAUAAUCACCUUCAGUACGUAAUGAAUAUAAUAUACUAAAUUAAUGACAAUUUUGUGAGUGUGAAUUGUUAUCGUUUUUUCCGAAGGGCAGAGAUUUAAGAAAAAACCUAUAAGAGUUUUGGUGUAUGUGCUGUAUAUUGGGCAGAUAAAAAAAUAAAUAAGAAUUCUAAUAUUAUAUAUUUCCUUCCUUUUAUUACUAAAUGUACGCAUUUGUCAGUUGAUGUUACGGAGAUUUUGUAAGUUUUUAUGUUCCUUUUUGAUAGAGGUGAUGGUAUUUGAUUUAGAAAAUGAUUCCUGAUGAAUUCAUAGUUGAAAAAAAAAAUCGCAGAAAAACUUCAAGUGCAUGUUAUUUAAACAAAUUGGAUGUUUUUCCGCAUUAAGUCAGAACAGGAGCAGAGUGAUUUGUACUUAAUGCACAAGUUUAGAUUUGUUACAACUGCUUGAAUCCCUGUAGAUUUUGGAAGCAUUUACAUUCUCGAAACCAUUUUCUCAUGUUUUACUUGUCACAAUAAAAAAAUACAAUAAAUUUUUAAGCCAUGUGGUUUUUGUUUGUACCACUAUCAUCAGCACCUCUGUGUCCAUUUCCUGAACAUCGAGUAGUUUUUUGAACAGCCGGAUUUACUGCAUGAGGUUGCAUCAUGUGGAGACAUCAUUCAACUGAUGUAGAAAAUUGUAAUACAGUGGUCAUCAUGUAAGGUUCAAGCGCAGUUGUCAGACUUGUCUGGGCAUAUGGUUCAGUAAUCGCGGCCGUGAUUGGUCAAAACAUGCAUCAGUCUGUCCUGGAGGGUGCAGGUUCGAAUCCAGCUCCAGUACCUGAUAUUUACCGACGUUGUGAAACAAAAUAUGUCUUCAACAAAUUAAAACAGUCUCCAUAACCCCCAUUUGAAAUUUGGUCAUGUUCUUUUGGAAGUAUCCUGUUCGUAAAUGUAUGACGUCUCCGAUUGUAGGAGUUUCAUUUGUACAUUGUCUCCUUUAUAUGGUAGAAAUACUCAGUUAAGACGUAUCAAUAAUUGUUACUCAUGGGCCGAGAAAACUCUUUGCCUGAUGACGCCCGACACACUGACUGGGCAAAUGGUUUUUAAAAUUUCUGGCUAUCGCAAAAACUAAAAGUUGCCAACUUAGGUCAUGUCGUGCAUUAUUUGUCCAAAAUUCGGCCGAAUCUCACAUGUAUCCCUUGUCCAUUUUAAAGCUGUACCAUGCCUUCUGUUGAAAGCGCAAAUACACAUGUCGUGUGACCAGUCAUGUGACUAAGUCAUGUGGUCUAUAGUUUCAAACAUCUUAGGCAAGAAGUGUUUGUCAGUGCAGGUUUUCACAAAAUCACUUGUACAUUUUAGAUAACUGGGUUAGGUCAUCUUGUUUAAAAAAAAAAAAGGCGACACACAAUGACAUCGAAAAAAUAAGAGUCAAUUUUGUGAACGUUGUGUUUGUUUUAGAAUACAUCAAAUACAAGUCUUUGUUGGGUAAGUUUAGCCUUACCCCUGUGAUGUAUUUGAACUAAAAGGAUUGUUCCAAAUGUUUAGAUUUUUUUCAAACGGUAGUGAUUUAUUCAGGAACAUUAAAGUGUAUGUGCAUUGCCGUUAAUUAUCAAGUCAAAUUUUACUUGGGACUGAUGUUCAUCCAGUUUUGAUUUGUUGUAUGAUUCUAGAAAUUACUCCAUUGCAAUAAAUAAAUGAGCAAGCCCAUGUUACAACCCUAA